AUGGUUUGUAUGCUCAUCAACAGGGCGGACUCACUGCCCUUCAAAAAGCUCAACACAAAGCUUUGUCAGACGGAGUCAGUGGCAUGCGAGACGAUUCUUAUUGCUGACCACGGAGAGGGAGAAGCUGAGCUCUGUCAGGCUCAAAUUUCAGGGGUCAGCCAGUGGACGGUCUUCUCGCGGUUCGCGGAGAUGGACACCUUUGACAGAAAGUUACAGCAGAAGGCUCUGCAGCAACCUAAGCAGAAGAAAUCCAACUCGGCUGAAUUUCUGAUGGGGAGAGACGAGAACGCUACUGUAGUGGGCAUAGAAAAUCCAGCCUUCGAUGGAGGAGGAAGCUCUGAGCUUUCCAUUCCUCCGAGUUGGCCGGGGAGAAAAAUGCGAGGUGACAGGCCAGAUAGCACCCUUGCAGCUCACCGGAAAAAAAUGGAGCUGCGAGCCCCUGCCAAAGAAAGAGGAAAUGAAUGUGCCCAAAAUUACUUUGACCCAUCGGAGGAGGAGCAGACAGACCCAAGGCAUCGCGGGGAGACUGGGGUCAGCGCUGAAGAUGAGCUGGAAUUAAGUACGCUGCGGGCCUCCGGGGAUGAGGAGGUGUUGGAGGUGAAGGCGGGUGAUCUGCUGCUCCGCGGUGGCGCCGACGCCUCGGGCCCCGGGCCCUCCCGGGCCCCCGCCGCCGCUAAAACACAGGCUGAGGGUUGCGUUGGGCCGGGAGGAGAGGCUGGACUCCAAGCAGGGAGGACGGUAAUGGGCAACCAAAGCACUGCAAAAAUAAGGGCAGCUGAGGAAGUGAUCCCCCCCUACACCCAGCAGCUGAGGGAGCGCGUGCGGCCUGACAUGAUCACGCUUGGCAGGCUUUCACUGCAGCAGCAAGAGACUCAGAAGGGACCCGUGAAGAGGAGUGAAUGGGCAAAAAGAAAGAAAAGACUAAUGGCCUUCUUCACUGGCAGCGUUGAGGAUCCCAGUUCAGUAAGAGACGGUGAGGAAGCAGCGUUACCAUCGCCCAUGCUGAACACACUAUUUCAGCACAGAGACACGGAGAGCCUGUCAGUCAGAGUGCUGGGAGAAGGCCAGGAAGAGGCUGCGGCCAAAUGCAGCCAUAAUAGACAGCUCCCAGAAUCCUUCGCUUCAGCAUCGCAGACCCUGUGGCAGCGCGGUCACCGCACACCGCUGCCGGGCAUAUUCCUCUCCAAUGUGCGCUCACUGUCCAACAAAAUUGAUGAACUCCAGCUGCUGAUGGGGAAACGCCGAGACUGCGCCACAUCUGCAGUUUUGUGUUUUACGGAGACGUGGUUAUGUGGAUCGAUACCGGACUCUGCGCUGCAGCUGGCAGGCUUCCAACUCUUCAGAGCGGAUCGUAACACGGAACUCUCCGGCAAGACUAAAGGUGGUGGAAUCUGCUUUUACACCAACAGUGGCUGGUGUAACGAUGUGACAGUGAUUCAGCAGCACUGCUCUCCUGAUCUGGAAACUUUUUUCAUCAACUGCAAACCCUUUUACUCGCCCCGUGAGUUCGCCUCAUUCAUUCUGGUCGGUGUUUACAUCCCACCGCAGACCAACGUGCAGGACGCACAGCGCACGCUCGCCGACCAGAUACUGCGUGUGGAGCGGACAUACCCGGACUCUUUAGUUAUUGUCCUCGGCGACUUUAACAAAGGUAACCUCACCCACGAACUCCCAAAAUACAGACAACUUAUAAAAUGUCCGACCAGAGAGGACAAUAUUUUGGAUCACUGUUACACCACUAUCAGCAACGCUUAUCACGCCGUCCCCCGCGCUGCACUGGGCCACUCUGACCACGUCAUGGUCCAUCUGAUUCCUGCAUACAGACAGAAACUCAAACUCUGUAAACCAGCUGUGAGGACAUCAAAGCAGUGGAGCAGUGAGGCUGUGGAGGAUCUUAAGGCGUGUUUGGAGACUACUGACUGGGAUGUUUUCAGGACUGCCACCACCAGCCUGGAUGAGUACACAGAGACUGUGACUUCUUAUAUCAGUUUCUGUGAGGACUGCUGCAUACCAUCACGCACCAGGGUGAGCUACAACAACGACAAACCCUGGUUCAGUCCUAAACUCAGACAGCUGAGGCUGCAGAAGGAAGAGGCAUUCAGGAGCGGGGACAGGGACAGGUUUAAGGAGUCAAAGUACAGGUUUAGCAAGGCGGUGCGGGACGCUAAACGGCUGUACUCUGAGAAUCUCAAAAAACAGUUCUCAGCCAACGACUCUGCAUCUGUCUGGAAGGGGCUCAGGCAGAUCACCAACUACAAACCUAAAUCCCCCCACUCUGUCAACGACCUGCGUCUGGCAAACGAGCUGAACGACUUCUACUGCAGAUUUGAAAGACAAUGGGACAGUCCUAACACCAACACCAUCCCCCGCCACCACCAGCCCCUGCCCUCCUGCACCCCCAUCCCCACCUCAGCGGGGGCCUGCCCCCACCCUCAACUGCCCACAUUGAAGGACCCCCUUCCGUCAACUACCAUGACUCUCUCCAUCCAGGAGAGGGACGAGGAGCAGGGGACUCUUCCUCGGCCUGUGGAGGUGCGUGUGUGUUGCCUGAGGUCCACCAGAGAGAAGCUUCCCAGGGGUCUCUAUUCUGUCAGCGUGGCACUUCACAGCCAUCUCGGGGGUCCAGCUCUCGCCUUUAAAAGCAAGAAAGCAAAGAAAACUUGGGCCGUGUCCACUGAGCCAACGGAGCAUCGGGGUCGCUUCCACGACAAUGACCUGCAAAUCAACCAGAGCGUGGUCAUGGACUUUCUAGCAGCGUGUGAUGUCAGCCCCUCAAUGGUGCUGGUCUUCCAACUCACCAGCCUGCACGGGCACGGCGGCCCUGUCGGCUCGGUCCUAGCCUGGGGCGCGUUUCCUGUUUGUGGCCCAAAUAUCAACCCUAUCCGGGGCAGGUUCAAAACGCCAAUGCUCAGGGGCGAGCCCAGCAUCCAACUGGACCAGUUUAGGAAAAUUGAAGCUCUCAUCUCCUCUGAUCUAGAUCACUGGCUGUGCAACCUAUAUUUUGAGGUAAAAACAACCUCACCUGGAACAUGUGAGAAACAAGAGAUGCUCCUAGCGGCAGCAUCAGUACCGCCCACCAGCCUUGCCGUCUUCCCAAAACCCGAUGUCCAUCAAGAUCAGCCUCGGCUCUUUUCUCAGGCCGCUCACCCCUACCGCCAGCAGCACGUGCACACACACUCCGGUUGCGGAGCAGGGGAGCCCACCGCGGUUCACUCCCAUCAGGGGUCGCCCCUCCACCUGUCAGCCUGCUCCUCUUCCACGCUGCCAGGGAAACAUGACUCCUCUGAACCUUAUUCUGGAAACGUUGGGGAGAAGUGUGAUCCAUGCGGGGAGAAAGCGGACGACGUUGUUCACAACAAGAAGAAGCCAAUCAAGAAGACAAAUAGCUGCGGCCCCGGCAUGCCUCGGCAGGCGGGCAAACAGAAGAUGCAGCCUUCAAUCGGGAACCUCUCGGUGGAGGAGAUGGAGGAGUACACUUUCUCUCUACAGUCAGCACUAGCUAGUCCUGGUUCCUGUGCUCCGCGGCUGUCUGACCGAGCGCGUCUGGCCCUCUGCAUGCUGCCGUCCGAAGUGGGGCUGCCGUUGCCGCGGCAACAACAACAACAACAACUGGGCCGUGGCUGGCGCGGCUCCGUUCGUCAGCUCGGCCUCAUUAUGCUGCUGCUGGCUUUGAUGUGGUUUGUGAGGCUUUACCUGCAUUACUGCAGCCAGUGGCUCUACCUCCAGGCCAUAGCAGUUCCUGUCAACAAAUUCCGCUUCCACGCUCACACGGUGGACCUCGUGUACCAGAGCUCUCUGCUCCACACCCGGGAGGAGCUGGCGAUGGUGGUCGUGGGUCCCCUGACCUUGAACGCAGCAACGUUCCUGCUGGUUCUGAUCAGAUGGGGCUGUCAAGUGAUGUUUGGCUCACUCCCUUCCUUCACGUCAAAGUUUAUCAUGGCUCAGGGAGUGUGGACAGUCCUCGACCCCCUGGCGGUCUUUGCUGUAGAUGCCGUCCUCGGGCGUCUCACCUACAGCCCAGAUGUGCCGGUGGCGGACGCAGCAAAGCUCUACUGGCACUUUUAUCGGGCCAACCAAUCAGGGGCAGCGGGCGCGGUCAUCACCGUGUUCCUCUAUGCAGUCCACUUCCUGCUUUCCAUCACAAUUCUCUCCAUUUACCUGUUCAGAUUCCACAACGACGGUCGCAUGUUGGACAUAUUCCAGCGACUCACAGCCAGGGAGGGACUGUACUUCCUCCCUGAAGACCUGGAGUUGUCCAACCAGGAGCUGAACUAUAUCGUCAAGAAGGCGGAACAGUGGCGAGGCUUCAGUGGAGAGAGGCGUAAGGUGGCCGUUUAUGACAAUAUCUGGACAUCGGAGGACCCCCAAUCAGGUUCUGCAGCCUCCGGUGAUGGAUCCCAUCCUGAGGAGGGUGCACCAUCGCCAGAGAGUGAGACCAGCACGCAUGUGAUAAUCUACACGCUGUAUCUGAGUGGGCUGAGACAAAGAUACAGGCACUUCCUGCGACAGCCCGAUGGGACAAUUAUUGAGGUGAUCGGAAAAGUAGAGGGGGCCGAUGACGUAGCCCAGGUGGGUGCCCGUCCGGGUCCGAGCCCCGCCACUCGGGAAGGAGAAACGAGAGGUGCCAGUGGUUCCCCCCAUCUGCGCAAACGGAUGAAAUUCUUUGGUCGGUCCCGUCGCGUUGAGCCAGAGGGGGGAAGUUGA